AUGUUUGAUGUCACGGUCUUGCUCCAUGUUGACAAUAUACAGGCCCCCACCCAACCUGCUGUCCAGCUGUUGUCUUGUGGCUGGUCCUGUUGGUGGUCUUUACUUUCAGAACUAACCCGCUAUAUUGUUCUGUUCCUUGUUCCCAGUGAGAAGACACAGUGGUUUUAUGAACGGAGAUCUCCGAACAAGUUCUUUCUCCGAGGGACCUGUCCAUCCAACAUGGCCGCCUCAGGGAUGAAGGAGUGCUCGCAGAUGCCUGAGUUACAGGAGCUCCGAGCUGGGCCAAUGGAAGACCACGUGAAAAACGCCUCGUCAGUUGGACCCCCACACCCUCAGGCCCCGUACGGGAACUCUCUGCCGAGCUUGGCUGAACAUGGCCCCGUCUGCAUUCCUUCACCAAAUGAAUACCCGACACUAGCCUUCUACAGUCCCUCCAUCCUGGGCUACAGUAUGUCCAGUGAUGCCAGUGGACCAGAUGGGGCCAUUGUCAGGCAGAGCCUGAGUCCCUCGAUGUACUGGUCAUCAGCCGGCCAUGUUUCUCCCAUCUCCAUCCACUGCCAGCAGCCAAUCAUGUACACUGAGCCACCCAAGAGUCCUUGGGAUGACCUGAGAGUCGGGGAGCAGCAUCUGGUCAACAGGUAA